AUGACGUCUAUGGAGGCCCGUUAUAAAGUUGAAUUACGUGAACGUGACCCAGCCACUAUUGAGGAUUUAAUCCUUGACAACUGCUCUGGAGGAAAAAUAUCUGGUUUGACUGAUGAGCUUGUUAACUUACAAACUCUAAGCUUAAUUGGAUGUGAACUAGAGUCGUUGGAAGGAAUUCCUUCUCUUCCCAACUUGACCAAUUUGGACGUUUCCAAUAACAAUCUUGCUGGCGGUUUGGAAAUUUUAGCUAAAAAUUGCCCAUCCCUUGUUCAUCUCAAUUUGGCCAACAACAAGAUUUCUGACACCUCUAUUUUCGAGUGUUUGAAAGAUAGCAAGUUAUGUGAGAUCGAACUUUUCUCAAACAAAUUUGAGGGUGGAACUGAAGUUUAUAGAGAGAAACUUUUCGCUCUUAUCCCAACUCUUCAAAUAUUAGAUGGAUGUGAUUCCAAGGGUGAAGAAGUUGAAGAUCAAUUAACCGAUUCCGAAGAGGAUAUUUCUGGAGAAGAUGGUUCAGACGUUUCCGAUGAUGAUGGACCAGGACUGAGUUAUUUAGAUAAUAGCCAGCUGGAUGAAGAUGAGACUGAGGAUUAUGAUCCAGAAGAAACUGGUGAAAAGAGAGGAAAGAAACGUUCUGCCGUAGGAGACGAUGAUGAUGAGCCCCAAAGCAAGAAGGAUGCUGACGAAUAA